ACUUUUAAUUGUGCUCAUCGCAGGCAGCAAAAUGUUUAUAGCUUUUCUUGUGGGGAUUCUUCUGCUUAUUUGGUUGUGGCAACGCUGGCACUUUGGCCACUGGCACCGCCGAGGUGUUCCUUAUAUUCCAGCCACGCCCUUUGUGGGCAAUGUGUGGCGUCUAUUGCGCAGCUGUUGCUGCUUUGGCGAUCAGUUCCGUGAGCUGUACGAAAGUCCGUGUGCCAAGGGCCACGCCUACCUCGGCAUUCACGUGCUUCACAAUCAUGCGCUGCUGCUGCGCGAGCCGGCGCUGAUUAAACGCAUUCUGGUCGAGGAUUUUGCACAGUUCUCAAGUCGCUUUGAGACCACAGAUGCCAUUGGCGACACAAUGGGUUCACAGAAUCUGUUUUUCUCCAAGUACGAGGUGUGGCGCGAGACGCAUAAGAUAUUUGCGCCCUUCUUUGCCGCUGGCAAGGUGCGUCAUAUGUACGGACUGCUGCAGAAGAUUGGCCAGCAGCUAGAGCAGCAUAUGGCCAGGCAGCUGGCGGCCAGUGACACAGAUGGACAUACGCUGGAGCUGGAGGUCAAGCAGCUGAGUGCGCUAUUCAGCACGGACAUCAUAGCCUCGCUGGCCUUUGGCUUGGACGCCAACUGUCUGCGGCAGCCGGACGCAGAGUUUCGUCGCUUGUGCGUGGAGGUGAAUGAGCCGCGUCCCAAGCGCCUGUUGCAUCUCUUUACCAUGUUCUUCUUUCCACGCUGCUCCAGGCAGCUGCGCACUCACUUGUAUUCGGAGGAGUAUGAACGUUUCAUGCGUCAAUCCAUGAACUGGGCCAUGGAACAGCGGGCGGCCAGCGGGGAGCAGCGCCAUGAUUUGAUUGACAUAUUUCUGCAGCUGCAGCAGACACAGCCGCCGGAUAGCGUGGUGCAUCGCCGUGAUUUCUUUGUGGCCCAGGCAGCGUUUCUAUUGUUGGCUGGCUUCGAUACCUCCUCCUCGACGAUCACUUUUGGCCUCUACGAGCUGGCCAAACAGCCGGCCAUACAGCAGCGCCUCAGGCAGGAGUUGAAAGAGGCGAUAGCACAGAGUGAUACUGUUGAUCAGUUGGGCUAUGAGACGCUUAGCAGCCUGCCGUAUCUGCGCCAGGUGGUGGAUGAGGUUCUCAGACUUUAUCCGCCUACUGCAUUCCUGGAUCGCUGCUGCAACUCGAAAGCAGGUUAUGAUUUGUCCGCCUGGAGCUGCGGCUUACCCAUGCGCCUUUCGCCUGGUACACCGGUUUAUAUAUCUGUGCUGGGACUGCAUCGCGAUGAGCAGUAUUGGCCGGAGCCAUUGAAAUUCGAUCCGGAGCGUUUCUCGCCGGAGCAACGCGUACAGCAUCAGCCCAUGACUUAUUUGCCAUUUGGCGCUGGUCCUCGCGGCUGUCUGGGCACACUAUUGGGUCUGCUGGAGAUAAAGGUGGGUCUGUUCUACAUACUUAAAAACUAUCGCGUGGAGACCUGCACCAAAACUCUCUCUGAGAUGAAAUUCGAUCCAAGGGCCUUUGUGCUAACUGCUGCUGGCGGCACCUAUUUGCGCUUUGUCAAGGAUCAGCUGUGAGAUUGCCCCAAUCAAUUCAAUAAAAAAUUGCAGAAAUUUUUAGAUUUUCACUUUA